UACAAUUCAGAGUAAGAAUUAAUAAAAUUUAAAUGUGAAGGAGAUAUUCCAAGAUCUCUCACCUUUAACAGUCAGUAACUGUGUACAUAAUCUGUGCACUGUAUUUUAUUGUCAAGCCAAUGCUUAAUGUAUAGAGACUCUUGACAUACAAAUUAUCGCUAUAAUGAAGUAAUGCACAUGGUACUUACACAAUUAAUUUCACUGCAAUGUCUUUUCUUUUUAACACUCUGUUCUUUUAUUCCUUGUUGACACAGGGUAUCUCUUGAGUCCCAAAUAAUGUCAAUGGAGAACAAAACAGAAGUGACUCAGUUCAUCCUGCUAGGACUAACAAAUGCCCCAGAGCUUCAGUUCCCCCUCUUUAUAAUGUUCACUCUCAUUUACCUCAUCAAUGUGCUUGGGAACCUGGGGAUGAUCGCAUUGAUUUUGUUGGACUCUCAUCUCCACACUCCCAUGUAUUUUUUCCUCAGUAACUUGUCUCUGGUGGACCUUUGUUACUCCUCAGCUGUCACUCCCACAGUGUUGGCUGGGUUCCUUACAGGAGACAAUGUUAUCUCCUACAAUGCAUGUGCUACUCAGAUGUUCUUUUUUGUAGUAUUUACUACUGCGGAAAAUUUCCUACUGGCCUCAAUGGCCUAUGACCGCUACGCAGCAGUGUGUAAACCCCUAUAUUAUACCACCACCAUGACAACAGGCCUGUGUGCCCGACUGGCUAUAGGUUCCUAUGUUGGUGGUUUCCUGAAUGGUUCCAUUCACACUGGGGAUACAUUCCGUCUGUCCUUCUGUAUGUUCAAUGUGGUCCAUCACUUUUUCUGUGAUCUUCCAGCAGUCUUGGUUCUCUCUUGCUCUGAUAGGCAUGUCAGUGAGAUGGUUCUUGUUUUCGUGGUGAGUUUCAAUAUCUUUUCUGCUCUUCUGACUAUCUUGUUAUCCUACCUGUUUAUAUUUAUCACCAUCCUAAAGAUGCACUCAGCUGAGGGGUGCUGGAAGGCUUUAUCAACCUGUGCAUCUCACUUUGUUGCAGUUUCCACCUUCUAUGGGGCAAGCAUCUUCAUGUACAUGCAGCCCAGCUCCAGUCAUUCCAUGGACACAGACAAAAUGGCAUCAGUGUUCUAUACUAUGAUCAUCCCCAUGUUGAACCCUCUGGUCUACAGCCUGAGAAACAAAGAUGUCAAGAGUGCAUUCGAAAAGGUUGUUGAGAAGGCAAAAUUGUCUGUAGGCUUAACUUUUUAAUAUGGUAGAAUCCACAACAACCUACUUUAUUCCCCUCAGGUAUUGUCUGUGCAAUGGCUCACACUUCUGGGCCUUUAAUGCAGUUAAUUUCUUUUUAUUUUUGUAUUUUAGAUGAAGGUUUACUGAACAAACU